AUGGGAUCAAGGAGACUUAGGUACAAAAUGAUCUAUGUGAUUCUUAUUAUUUGGGUGGCCAUGGUUGAUUCUUCUGAUCAACGACCUGAGGUGAAGGAAGAAGAAAUGCAACCUUCACCUCUAGGACCAAAGAGGCCUGGUGCUUCUAACGAUCCAAAUGGUGAUGACGAUGGAGGUCAAAAAGCUAAGCUCAAACCUUUCUUUUGGGAUAAGGUUAUGGCCAGUCCUAAUCGCUCCAUGGUAUGGCAUGACAUUAGCAGUGGAUCUUUCCAGUUCGACGAGGAGAUGAUAGAAUCACUUUUUGGCUAUAAUGCUAAUAAGAAUAAGAAUGAGCGUAAGAGAGAGGUGGUUGACAAUUCAGUUCAAUACAUUCAAAUUAUAGAUCCUAGGAAGGCUCAAAAUCUAUCUAUACUUUUGAAAUCACUAAAUGUGACUACUGAAGAAGUUCUUGAUGCUCUUCGAGAAGCUAAUGAACUUCCAGUGGAGCUUCCCCAAACUUUGUUGAAGAUGGCAUCAACAGCAAAUGAGGAAUUGAAGCUGAGGCUAUAUGCCGGGGAGAUUUCUCAACUCGGCCCUGCUGAACUUACCACUCUUAAAGAAUCCUUUGUGACUCUAGAGGUAGCUAGCAACAAGCUAAAAAAUAGCAGGUUAUUCCUGAAACUACUAGAAGCAGUUCUCAAAACUGGAAACCGAAUGAAUGACGGUACAUACCGAGGUGGCGCACAAGCAUUCAAGCUUGACACCCUUCUAAAGCUCUCUGAUGUCAAAGGAAUAGAUGGAAAGACAACUCUUUUACACUUCGUCGUUCUAGAAAUCAUUCGUUCCGAAGGAGUACGAGCUGUUCGGAGUUUUCAGAGGAAGAGAAGAGGAUAUCAGGACUUAUACAGAGCGCGGCAGAUUACUUCCAUGGGAAGUCAGGGAAAGAAGAAGGGUUACGACUUUUCAACAUUAAAGAGAACACAAGUGAGGCGUCAAAGUUCAGUACUUCAACAACAAGAAGUUGAGGACAAAAAUCAUCAUAACCGGUUGUUUCCAGCCAUUGUCGAAAGGAGAAACAACGAAUCAUCUAGUUCAGAUGAUGGAAGCUCAGGUGAUGAAGAUUAUUAG